CUGGCAUUGCCACGGUUUGGUCAGGGAACUAGUUGCUCGUGGAUCGGCCAAGUUCAGGCAAGCGGAAGAACUAGACCCCCAAGGUGGGUAGAAUUUUGCUAAAGUCAUGGCAGCAUUUCAAUCGGAUGCAGAGGCAGAAGUCGGCCAAAUUUGGGGAAACAAACAGUCUGCAUCGUUUAAACCAACCAGGACAAGUGCCUUUCUGCACCAGCAUCUUGAAGACAUGCUGAAGAACGGGGAAGGGACGGACGUGGCAUUCAGUGUGGACGGCCAAGUGUUCCGUGCCCACCGCUGCCUGCUGGCGGCUCGAUCGCCGGUCUUCAAGGCGGAGCUCUUCGGUCCUACGAUCACCAACGAAUGCGCCAUUCGGCGCAUCCAGAUCGACGACAUGGAGCCGUCGGUCUUCGAGGCGCUGCUCCACUUCAUCUACACAGAUUCCCUGCCCGAUAACCACAAAGACGGUGAAGAUGCUGCGACGACGCGGCGCCUGCUCGUUGCAGCGCACCGGUACCGGGUGGACAUGCUGAAGUUUAUCUGCGAGACCAAGUUAACUGAAACCGUUGAUGUUUCUUCCGUCGCGACCAUGCUGAUCUUGGCAGAGCAACACGGCUGCCCGCAGCUGCGAAGGGUUUGCAUCGCGUUCCUGGCCUCGCCGGAAAUGCUUGGUGCCGUCAUGAAGACCGUUGGGUUCAAGCGUCUCGUGGCGACCUGCCCGUCGGUCAUGGAGCAGAUCUUGGAAAAGGUUUCCUGCGUCUGGGGCGGGGAAGAUCACACCUCGAUUUCUUCAUGGAGUGAAACAGUGCCUAAAUAAAAUUAGCCUUCUUAUUCGCUUUGAAGUGUGACCGA